CGCACACGCACCCGUCCACGCGCCCGAAGCGGAUGGCCCAUUUGGCACCAUGGAGCAGAUCGAAACCCAGGUGAGCGACCUGCGCUACCUGUCGCAGGCGCCCGUGGCCCUGAGCCCGAGCGCGUCCGGCGUCGGCGGCCCCGGCCCCGGAGGUGUUGUGGGUGUCUCGGCCGCCGGUGCUGCCGCUGCCGCUGCCGCCGCCUACGACUCGACGCCGCAACCGCAGAACCACCAGAGCCCAGGUUCCGCGUCCGUCGGAGACAAUUCCGCCCGCAGCGUGUCGGCGUCCAAUGCCAACAAGAGGAAGUCCAUCGAUGACGGGAGUGCGUCCAAGCAGACGCGCAGCAAGAGGAAUCGGUACAUCUCCAUCGCUUGUAACGAAUGUAAACGACGCAAAAUCAAAUGCAACGGCGAGACACCAUGCCAACGGUGUGGCAACCUCAACCUCGCUUGCCUCUAUGCCCCAAAUUGCUGCUCCAACAGUUUCAAAGACUCGGAUGACUUCAAGCAUGUUACCAACCAGAUUGGUCGCCUCCAAGAAGAGGUCGGCUGGCUCCAUCAGACAGUCAAGGCCCUUCAGUCCGACCCGAACCGCAUGGCCUCGACAGGCGACCGGGCUUUGCCCAUAGGCACAUCAACCGUUGCUCCGUCGCCCUCCCAGAGCUCGAGCUCACUUAACCGUGAUGCCUCACACUCCAGGUACGGCGCGUUCCGAGGACCCACCAGUAUGGCGUUUAGUCUCGACGUCGCCAACAAUACCAUUUCCAACAUGGGAUACAGAGGCAUCGAUGACGCUGAUGACCAUGGUCACCCAACUGAGGAUAUGGGCAUACAAAUAAUUAGCCGCCCCGCCGACCCUCUUCUCGAGUUUGACAAGGACGAAAUGAUUCGGUUAUGCCGUCUUCACGAGGAGGAGAUUGGUAUCAUGUACCCUGUUCUUAACGUCCAGACUGUGAUAGCACACGCCAAAGGUCUCGCGUCCUUCCUGGACACAAUCCGGCAUCAAAAUCCCAUGGAGCUGAUCAACGAUGAAAAGACACUGCAGUUGAAGAUUGUCAUGUGUUGUGGCCUCGUUGUCGAAGAGCAUGGACACAGCGAAAAGGCAAUCCGACUAUAUGACAGCAUGGAAAUGGUGCUCAAUCGGAAACUCAUGGCCGAGGCGGCUGACGUCUCGACUCUUCCCUUGUUGGCGCUUGUCGCGGGCUACCGGUUCUUGUCCAACGACGAAGUUCUAGCUUGGCGUGUGAUGGGCCAGGUUGCGCGCUUGUGUCUGGAGUUAGGCAUCCACCAAAGGAUGGGCUUGGUGAAGAUUCAAGAUGAGGAUGAGCGCAAAAACGCACUCAAUAGUUUCUGGUCAGCCUAUGUUCUGGAUCGACGAUGGGCUUUCGGAACAGGUCUGCCCUAUGUUGUCCAGGAUGAAGAGAUUGAUGUGGAACUUCCCUUUCCGGAUGAACAUCCAUAUUUAGUAGCCAUGAUCACCUACUCCAGAAUAGGAGCCAAGGUCUGGCGGCAGGUAUCACAUUUCGGUCCCGUUCUUGCACGAGACUUGCGACAAGAAGAGCUUGAAAACCUGGACCAAGAAAUCCUUGGGUGGUAUGAAAUCGUCCCCGAAGAGGUCAAGGUCCGGAAUUGGGGCAAGGACAAGAACAUGACGUCGACACCUUCCUACAACCUCCAACGUCUCAGGAUCUGGACAUACCUUCGACUUAACCAGAUGCGAGUCUGGCUAUAUACACCCGUGCUACACAGCGCAACGAGCAUCAUGGCGAAUCCGGUGCAAUCGCAACGCGUUGUGGACAUUGCCAAGGAUACGAUUCGAUAUCUCAGUCAUCUGAACAACACGACAAAUCUAUAUCGACGGGUUCAGGUGUUUUAUCAUCAGUUUUUGACUUCAGCUAUUGCUGUUGUAUUCCUCGCCUCGGUACAUGCACCCGUCCGCUUCAGCGCCGCUUGCCGAGAAGAGUUUUACAUGGCGCUCGAGUUGGUCAAGGAUCUUUCCGCCAAGAGUUGGGCGUCACAACGUCUCUGGCGAACCAUUCGAUCUCUCAAGGAUGUCGCACCCCGAUUCGGGCUAAAUCCAGAGGACGAUCCGCAGUCAACAGCAGCGUUGGGGAUGAUUGGACUUGCUCGAGGUCAUGUCGAUCCUAGGGGCGGUCGACCAUUCCGGAAACCGUCCAUGGUGAGCCAGUCACAGGCCGCGACGCCUGACUCGAUGGCUCACAAUGGAUCUAGGAUCCAAGCGGAAAUGUCACAGAUUUUCGAAAGAUACGUGGGGUUGAAUGGGUUUCAAUACGGCAGCGAAGGACAAGUACCUGCCUCGAAUAGUGAGAUGUCGGCAUCAGAGGCACCAAGCAUGUAUGGGACGGAUGGGACGGUAUUUCCACAUUUUAAGGAAAUGUAUUAACGAAUGGCUUGGGAAUGGGGUACGGGUGACCUUUCAGAAAGGACCCUGGUUUGAUAAGGCCUUGAUGGCGUAGAUAAUCUCUAAAUAUGAGCCGAUGGCUAAGAAUUGUGAAACAUGUCUGGUUCUUA